AUGGAUGCCGGUGCUACAGCUUUCUUCUCCACGGUCAACAUGGUGAAAACCAUUGUUGGGGCUGGGAUGCUGGCCGUCCCUUAUGCCUUUAAGAGCGAUGGUAUCCUAGUGGGAACAGCUCUCACUAUUGUGGGUGCCGUGACAUCCGGCUUUGGUCUUUUCGUUCUCGCAAAAUGCUCAAAAACCCUUAUCAAUCCAAGGGCAUCCUCCUUCUUUACGUUAUGCUCAAUCACGUAUCCUUCGCUUUCGCUCAUCUUUGACUUUGCUAUGUUCGUCCAAUGCUAUGGCGUUGGUUUGAGCUAUCUUGUUCUGGUGGGAGACCUGUUCCCCGGCGUUGUUGGAGGUACGCGCAGAGGUUGGAUCAUAGGUAGUACUCUAGCAACAGUGCCGCUCUCUCUAAUCAAAAGGCUGGACGGUUUGAAAUACUCUAGUAUCCUGGGUCUGUUUGCUGUUGCUUACCUUGUCUGCUUGAUCCUGGGAUCUUUCCUGAAAGAUGUGGUUCUGUCGGAGAACUAUCGGGAGUUUCGCGGUGAUGUGUCGUGGAUUGGUGUAUACGAUAAAAAGGGUCUGGUCAGCACUUUCACCAUCAUUGUUUUUGCCUUCACAGCUUCCAUGAACCUGUUCAGCAUCAUUAAUGAGCUCAAAGAUAACAGCAUGCAAAAUAUUAACAAAGUCAUCACCUCAAGCAUCAGCACUUCUGCAGCUCUAUUCUUGUCUGUCGGCGUGUGUGGCUACUUGACCUUUGGAAGCAAUGUCGUUGGAAACAUCAUGCUCAACUAUGACCCAGAAUCCAUAUGGACCACUAUCGGUAAACUAUGUUUGGGGACGAUGGUCAUCCUGUCUUUCCCACUAUUGCUUCACCCAUGCCGUAUCGCUGCCAACAACAUGAUGCACUGGAUCUUAUUAACCUACGGUAAAUGUGAAGUUCACCACGAAGCACGCAACAAGCACAAACACCCUACGUCCCCUAUAACGAUGGUUAUUGAAGAUGAAGAAGACAGGUUGCUGCUGGGAUCUGAAGGAAACUACGAAGCUACAGUAAACGGUCCAUCAUAUCAAGAAGUCGAGGAAAACCGCGAAGACAGCCUAACUGAAGUCGUUCCCUUUCCCAAUCAAAGAUUUUACAUUAUCACUGCGGUUUUGGUGAUUUCAUUGUACGUCUUGGCGUUGAACGUUAGCUCUUUUGCUCUCGUCUUGGCUCUUGUCGGCGCAACUGGUUCUACUGCUAUAUCUUUUACGCUCCCUGGUCUUUUCGGGUAUAAACUUAUUGGCUCCCAGGCUGCGAGAAACGGGCAACUCAUGUCACGCUCUGACAAAUUCCUCAAGUCUUGCAGUUUGGCGCUGGCGAUUUACGGGUUGGCAGUCAUGUUCCUCUCUCUUUACGUCACUAUCAAAUAUGGAGCAUAA